GGGGGCCCAGGGCCGGCGCGGAGUCGGGCCGGCAGCAACAUGUCAUGGUUUAGUGGCCUCCUGGUUCCUAAAGUGGAUGAACGGAAAACAGCCUGGGGUGAACGCAACGGGCAGAAGCGUUCACGGCGCCGCGGCGCUCGGGCGGGUGGCUUCUGCACGCCCCGCUAUAUGAGCUGCCUCCGGGAUGCAGAGCCACCCAGCCCUACCCCUGCGGGCCCCUCUCGGUGCCCCUGGCAGGAUGACGCCUUCAUCCGGAGGGGCGGCCCAGGCAAGGGCAUGGAGCUGGGGCUGCGGGCAGUGGCCCUGGGCUUCGAGGACACCGAGGUGACCCCGGCAGCGGGCGGGACAGCUGAGGUGGCGCCCGACGCUGUGCCCAGGAGCCGGCGAUCCUGCUGGGGGCGUCUAGUGCAGGUGUUCCAGUCGAAGCAGUUCCGUUCAGCCAAGCUGGAGCGCCUGUACCAGCGGUACUUCUUCCAGAUGAACCAGAGCAGCCUGACGCUGCUGAUGGCGGUGCUGGUGCUGCUCACCGCGGUGCUGCUGGCCUUCCACGCCGCGCCCGCCCGCCCUCAGCCUGCCUAUGUGGCCCUGCUGGCCUGCGCCGCCGCCCUGUUUGUGGCGCUCAUGGUGGUGUGUAACCGGCAUAGCUUCCGCCAGGACUCCAUGUGGGUGGUGAGCUAUGUGGUGCUGGGCAUCCUGGCGGCGGUGCAGGUGGGGGGCGCCCUCGCAGCCGACCCGCACAGCCCCUCUGCAGGCCUCUGGUGCCCCGUGUUCUUCGUCUACAUCGCCUACACGCUCCUCCCCAUCCGCAUGCGGGCUGCUGUCCUCAGCGGCCUGGGCCUCUCCACCCUGCAUUUGAUCUUGGCCUGGCAACUCAACCGUAGUGAUGCCUUCCUCUGGAAGCAGCUCAGUGCCAAUGUGCUGCUGUUCCUCUGCACCAACGUCAUUGGCAUCUGCACACAUUACCCAGCAGAGGUGUCUCACCAGGCCUUUCAGGAGACCCGCGGUUAUAUCCAGGCCCGACUCCACCUACAGCAUGAGAAUCGGCAGCAGGAGCGGCUGCUGCUGUCGGUAUUGCCCCAGCACGUUGCCAUGGAGAUGAAAGAAGACAUCAACACAAAAAAGGAAGACAUGAUGUUCCACAAGAUCUACAUACAGAAGCAUGACAACGUCAGCAUCCUGUUUGCAGACAUUGAGGGCUUCACCAGCCUGGCAUCCCAGUGCACCGCGCAGGAGCUGGUCAUGACCCUGAAUGAGCUCUUUGCCCGGUUUGACAAGCUGGCUGCGGAAAAUCACUGCCUGAGGAUUAAGAUCUUGGGGGACUGUUACUACUGUGUGUCAGGGUUGCCAGAGGCCCGGGCAGACCAUGCCCACUGCUGUGUGGAGAUGGGGGUGGACAUGAUCGAGGCCAUUUCGCUGGUACGUGAGGUGACAGGUGUGAAUGUGAACAUGCGCGUGGGCAUCCACAGCGGACGCGUGCACUGUGGCGUCCUUGGCCUGCGAAAAUGGCAGUUCGAUGUGUGGUCCAAUGACGUGACCCUGGCCAACCACAUGGAGGCAGGAGGCCGGGCUGGCCGCAUCCACAUCACUCGCGCAACGCUGCAGUACUUGAAUGGGGACUACGAGGUGGAGCCAGGCCGUGGUGGCGAGCGCAACGCAUACCUCAAGGAGCAGCACAUUGAGACUUUCCUCAUCCUGGGCGCCAGCCAGAAACGGAAAGAGGAGAAGGCCAUGCUGGCCAAGCUGCAGCGAGCCCGGGCCAACUCCAUGGAAGUGCUGAUGCCGCGCUGGGUUCCCGAUCGCGCCUUCUCCAGGACCAAGGACUCCAAGGCCUUCCGCCAGAUGGGCAUUGAUGAUUCCAGCAAAGACAACCGGGGUGCCCAAGAUGCCCUGAACCCUGAGGAUGAGGUGGAUGAGUUCCUGAGUCGUGCCAUCGAUGCCCGCAGCAUUGAUCAGCUGCGGAAGGACCACGUGCGGCGGUUUCUGCUUACCUUCCAGAGAGAGGAUCUUGAGAAGAAGUACUCCCGGAAGGUGGAUCCCCGCUUCGGAGCCUACGUUGCCUGUGCCCUGUUGGUCUUCUGCUUCAUCUGCUUCAUCCAGCUUCUCGUCUUCCCACACUCCACCCUGAUGCUUGGGAUCUAUGCCAGCAUCUUCCUGCUGCUGCUGAUCACCGUGCUGAUUUGUGCCGUGUACUCCUGUGGUUCUCUGUUCCCUAAGGCCCUGCAACGUCUGUCCCGCAGCAUCGUCCGCUCGCGGGCACACAGCACUGCAGUUGGCAUCUUUUCCGUCCUGCUUGUGUUUACCUCUGCCAUUGCCAACAUGUUCACCUGUAACCACACCCCAAUACGGACCUGUGCAGCCCAGAUGCUGAAUUUAACACCUGCUGACAUCACUGCCUGUCACCUGCAGCAGCUCAAUUACUCUCUGGGCCUGGAUGUGCCCCUGUGUGAGGACACCGCACCCACCUGCAGCUUCCCUGAGUACUUCAUCGGGAACAUGCUGCUGAGUCUCUUGGCCAGCUCUGUCUUCCUGCACAUCAGCAGCAUCGGGAAGUUGGCCAUGAUCUUUGUCUUGGGGCUCAUCUAUUUGGUGCUGCUUCUGCUGGGUCCCCCAGCCACCAUCUUUGACAACUAUGACCUACUGCUUGGCGUCCAUGGCUUGGCUUCUUCCAAUGAGACCUUUGAUGGGCUGGACUGUCCAGCUGCAGGGAGGGUGGCCCUCAAAUAUAUGACCCCUGUGAUUCUGCUGGUGUUUGCGCUGGCGCUGUAUCUGCAUGCUCAGCAGGUGGAGUCGACUGCUCGCCUGGACUUCCUCUGGAAACUGCAGGCAACAGGAGAGAAGGAGGAGAUGGAGGAGCUCCAGGCAUACAACCGGAGGCUGCUGCACAACAUUCUGCCCAAGGACGUGGCCGCCCACUUCCUGGCCCGGGAGCGUCGCAAUGAUGAACUCUACUAUCAGUCGUGUGAGUGUGUGGCUGUUAUGUUUGCCUCCAUUGCCAACUUCUCUGAGUUCUAUGUGGAGCUGGAGGCAAACAAUGAGGGUGUCGAGUGCCUGCGGCUGCUCAACGAGAUCAUCGCUGACUUUGAUGAGAUCAUCAGCGAGGAGCGGUUCCGGCAGCUGGAAAAGAUCAAGACAAUUGGUAGCACCUACAUGGCUGCCUCAGGGCUGAAUGCCAGCACCUACGAUCAGGUGGGCCGCUCCCACAUCACUGCCCUGGCUGACUACGCCAUGCGGCUCAUGGAGCAGAUGAAGCACAUCAAUGAGCACUCCUUCAACAAUUUCCAGAUGAAGAUUGGGCUGAACAUGGGCCCAGUUGUGGCAGGUGUCAUCGGGGCCCGGAAGCCGCAGUAUGACAUCUGGGGGAACACAGUGAAUGUCUCUAGCCGUAUGGACAGCACGGGGGUCCCCGACCGAAUCCAGGUGACCACGGACCUGUACCAGGUUCUAGCUGCCAAGGGCUACCAGCUGGAGUGUCGAGGGGUGGUCAAGGUGAAGGGCAAGGGGGAGAUGACCACCUACUUCCUCAAUGGGGGCCCCAGCAGUUAGCAGGGCCCAGCCACAAAUUCAGCUGAAGGGACCAAGGUGGGCAUUGAGAGGACUCUGUGCUCGCUGGGUGGAGCUGUGGCAGGGGGCACUGGGCCUCUAGACCCUGCUAACCACAAAAGGGAACACCACAGCAGGCUGUGCUUGGAUUAUGCUCUACUGCCCUCAAGCUGGUGAACAAGGGGCUACCUACCAAGAGGAUUAUUGCAAGUGACUUUCUUUCUUAAUUGGGGCAGGGCUGCUCCCUCUCCAAUCUUCCAGCUUUUGGGAGCAGGGGAGGGGUCAGUAACAGAAGCAGAGGGAGCUCUCUUGCCUGAGGGAUUAAAAUGGCAGCUUGCCAUGCCUAUCCCUUCCCUGUCUGUCUGGGCAGCAGGUUCAGGGCUGGGCCCUUCUUUUCCCUCUUUUUUCCUGGGAAUAUUUUGUACAAUAUUUUGUACAAAGAUAGGCAUGAGGAGUGCCUAUUCCAUGCUUGCCUUUGCAAUACCUGCAUCCCCAGCACUGGUCUUGGGCACUUCCCCACCCCAGCCAGGUGUCCCUCCUAAGCACAGGGCAAAGGAGGGAGAUGCUCUGGGGAGCCAGCUCUGGCCAUAUUUCAGGAGAAUGUUUCCAUGUGCCAAAUUGUAGUCCCAUGAUCUGUCCCCAAAGGGGAACAAAGGGACCUCUGACAGCUUAGAUUUAGCCCCAGUUCCUGCACGCUCCAGGGAACGAGGUGUCUGGCCUCACUGGUACUGUGAAAAUGCUCAGAGAGCAAUCCUGUGUGUGGGGAUGUCAGGUCAGGAGCUGGAAGUUCACCUGUAGGUGCCAAAGAACAGGCUGGCCAGGGCUAGGGCAGUGCCAGACUCUGAUCUAAGGACCCCAAAGGGGUGCUGAUCAGGUCACUCUGCCCCAGUGCUCUCUUGCUGUCUGCUGGCAAGGGGCCAUGGAGCAUCUCUCCCUCUUCUGUUGCCAAAUAGAAAAGGGUCAGGGCAUGGAGAAAGAUGACCCUGAGCCCAAACCUGCCCUCCCAAGUCUCGCGUUGGGGAGGGCCUGUGUGUUUGUGUAACUGUGUGUGCAUGUUGGUCUUUGUGUGCAUAUCUGUUUUCCAGGUCUGUGUGAGUCCUUGUGCUCCUGCUCCUCAGCUCUCCACCCCAGGUCGCCUCUCUCCUGUGGGCCUCUGUCUUCUGGGAAUAAAGCAGGGUUUCCUAUUCCAGGGGCUGUAGAGAGAUGCCCAGGUUGCACAGGAGUGGGAUGGGGUGUGGUAGCAAAAGGAGGGAGAGGAGUCCUUUUUGUGCCAAAUCCCUAAGUGCCGUUUGGGGCCAUGUGUGCAGCGUGACUCCCCCUGCCUGUGGCAGGGACCCAAGCACUUGCUUGAGCCCCAGUGCUCCAUGCAGCACUUGAACUGUCUGGGGUUUGGUGGACAGAGGCUCAGGAAUUUCCUGGGUUCCCCAGAUAGUGUCCUGGGACAUGGUUUGCUUUGGGGCUAGGGUAGCAUGGGAUCCCUCUGAGGACCCAGAUACUGGUACUACGGGCUGGGGAAGGGGAACCUUAAACUUGGCUUUUCCCAGCCUUCAUCCUGAUUCUAGCAUGUUUCUGGCUCCCCAGGCCCUUGUGAAGCCUUGAGGGCUGGCAGAAUGGUUAGGAGGUUGAACUCUAGAUUCCCUUCCUAUCUUUGCCUUCCUUCCUUUCCCUGCAGCCUCCUUGAUUCUGGCCUGAAUUUGGUUGUGCCUCAGUUUCUCUGUCUAUAUCUAUUUAAGCCAAAGGCACUAGCCUGAAUUUUGCUUGAAGAUCACUUUGUCUCAGAAAUGACUAGAGAGGCAGAGGAGAAGGGUUUCCAGAGUUGCUGGGUUUGGGAGUGGAAGGGGCAGGCAGUGCACUUGCCCUUCUUCAUGCGUCUUCUGAUACCAGCUCCCUGUGGAGGCCUAGUUUCUGGGUACCGCCUCCCUUGGGCAUCUUCAUGCACCAACCAAAUGGGCCAUCAGGUACUUCAUUAGUCAUGGCAGAAGAGGGGAAAAGACUUGUUACAGACAGAAAAUCUGCUCCCCUGCCCCCAGCCAUAUCCCUGGAUAGGAAGGGAUAGGAAGAGACUACUUGGUGCCACGAGGUAGGGGUGAGGGUGUAAGUAGAUCAGAGUGGGAAGACCUCAGCCUUGGGUGGCUUGUCUCUGCUUCUUGCCAGGUGGGAGGGCCUGUCCACAUCCUGGCUCCCUGUACCACAGUGCCAGCCAUGCCCUUCCCCUGGGCUACCAUUGCCCCUUUCCUCACCAGUUGGUGGAGGAGUCAGGAGAUGGGAGGCCAUGGGCUUUGGUUUUAUAAUGUAACCACUGUGGGAGGGGGGAGGAUGGUGUACCAUGUAUUUCAGUGAAAUAUUUAAUAUAUUUAAAUAUCAAUAAAAUCAAACUCUUUGUAAAA